CGAUAUGAAAAUGAAGGCAUGAAGUCAUGAACAUAUUAUAUAGCUUGCUGUAUUGCGAUGUUGAUUAAUUUAAAUUCAGUAAUAUAUAUUUCUUAUUCUUACUUAUGUUAUAUUCAUCAGAGUGAAGUGGUGAUGAUUGUUGUAGCGCUUUGUCUUAUAAACAGGUCGUCAAGCCUCAAGCAAGGAGAAACAUGUGGGUCAUCGGGAGCCCAAUGCGACGCAGGGCUUCAAUGCGAAACAUGCCCUGCAAAUGGGAACACACGGCCAAGAUGCACUCGCACUCAACCAACCAUGCCAACUUCAAAAGUGAAAGGUUUGGCGUUCAACAAAUACUCGUGGCUGACGACACAUAAUUCAUAUGCUGUGUCCGGCACAAAGUCGGAGUCGGGAUCUUCUAUUAUAUCAGCCACCAACCAGGAUUACAACGUUACCCAUCAACUCAAUAAUGGUGUUCGAGGCCUUAUGUUAGAUAUGUAUGACUUUGAAAACGAUAUCUGGUUAUGUCAUUCCUUUGGAGGUCAAUGUUUCAACGCUACUUCAUUUCAACCCGCCAUAAACGUGCUUAGAGAAAUUAAAUCAUUUCUAGAAGCAAACCCAUCAGAAAUUGUAACAAUCUUCAUCGAAGACUAUGUAAAAUCAUCCCAGGGAUUAAGCAAAGUGUUCAACGCUUCAGAGUUGAACAAGUAUUGGUUCCCAGUUUCUAGAAUGCCGAAGAAUGGUGAGGAUUGGCCAACCGUUGAUGACAUGGUCCGAAAGAAUCAACGGCUGAUCGUUUUCACAUCGAAAUCAUCCAAAGAAGCUUCCGAGGGCAUUGCCUACCAAUGGAACUAUGUCGUCGAAAACCAAUAUGGAGAUGGCGGAAUGAAAGCUGGUUCUUGUCCAAAUCGUGCGGAAUCUUCAGCUAUGAACACGAAGUCAAGGUCCCUUGUUCUUCAGAACUAUUUUCGCACCGAUCCGAAUGCAAGUGAAGCAUGUACUGACAAUUCAGCACCAUUAAUUAGCAUGAUGAAGACUUGCCAUCAUGCUGCUGGAAAUCGCUGGCCAAAUUUCAUCGCUGUUGAUUUUUACCAGAGGAGCGAUGGCGGAGGAGCCUCAGAAGCUGUUGAUGAAGCAAAUGGUCACUUAACUUGUGGAUGUAACAACAUUGCCUAUUGCAAGGUAAAUGCUACAUAUGGAACGUGCCAAGUGCCUCCGAUUUCUCCGCCACCACCUGCAGCUCUCGCUACCCCCCCUACGGCUGGAGGAAACCAGCCGUCAAAAAACAUCGCUUUUAUAAACACCAUGCCGGCCAAACUGCUGAAUUUGUUUGGUGUAAUUUUGGGGAUGGCAACUUUCUUAUCUUGGCCAUAAGACUUCAAUUGUAUUUCAUAGCACUUCCUUCUUUUAGUGUGUUUCUGAGUUAAGAUCCGGGAAAAAAUGAGUAGAAU